CAGCCAGGCGCCGGGACCAUGGGCUGGGGGAGCCUGUGCUGCUGCCCCGGACGGCUGGACCUGCUGUGCGUGCUAGCGCUGCUCGGGGGCUGCCUGCUCCCGGUGUGCCGGACGCGCGUUUACACCAACCACUGGGCAGUCAAAAUCUCGGGCGGCUUCGCGGAGGCCGAUCGCAUCGCCAGCAAGUACGGAUUCAUCAACAUAGGACAGAUAGGGGCCUUGAAGGACUACUACCACUUCUACCAUAGCAGGACGAUUAAAAGAUCGGUUCUCUCAAGCAGAGGGACCCACAGUUUCAUUUCAAUGGAACCAAAGGUGGAGUGGAUCCAACAGCAAGUGGUAAAAAAGCGGACAAAACGGGAUUAUGACCUCAGCCGUGCCCAGUCUACCUACUUCAACGAUCCCAAGUGGCCUAGCAUGUGGUAUAUGCACUGCAGUGACAACACGCAUCCCUGCCAAUCCGACAUGAAUAUUGAAGGAGCCUGGAAGAGGGGCUACACGGGAAAGAACAUUGUUGUCACCAUCCUGGAUGACGGCAUUGAGAGGACCCACCCGGAUCUGAUGCAGAACUAUGAUGCUCUAGCAAGUUGUGACGUGAAUGGGAAUGACUUAGACCCAAUGCCUCGCUACGAUGCAAGCAACGAGAACAAGCACGGGACCCGCUGUGCUGGGGAAGUGGCAGCCGCUGCAAACAACUCUCACUGCACUGUCGGAAUUGCUUUUAAUGCCAAGAUCGGAGGAGUGCGAAUGCUGGAUGGAGAUGUCACAGACAUGGUAGAAGCAAAGUCGGUCAGCUACAAUCCCCAACACGUGCACAUCUACAGUGCCAGCUGGGGCCCUGACGAUGAUGGCAAGACUGUGGAUGGACCAGCUCCUCUCACUCGGCAAGCCUUUGAAAAUGGCGUUAGAAUGGGGAGAAGAGGCCUUGGUUCUGUAUUUGUCUGGGCAUCUGGAAAUGGUGGACGAAGCAAAGACCACUGCUCCUGUGAUGGCUACACCAAUAGCAUCUACACCAUCUCCAUCAGCAGCACGGCAGAAAGUGGAAAGAAACCAUGGUACCUGGAGGAGUGCUCAUCCACAUUGGCUACAACUUACAGCAGUGGAGAGUCCUACGACAAGAAAAUAAUCACUACAGAUCUGAGGCAGCGUUGUACGGACAAUCACACUGGGACGUCAGCCUCAGCCCCGAUGGCUGCAGGCAUCAUUGCACUAGCCCUGGAAGCCAAUCCGUUUCUGACCUGGAGAGACGUACAACAUGUUAUUGUCAGGACAUCCCGUGCGGGACAUUUGAACGCUAAUGACUGGAAAACCAAUGCUGCUGGUUUUAAGGUGAGCCAUCUGUAUGGAUUUGGGCUGAUGGACGCAGAAGCCAUGGUGAUGGAGGCGGAAAAAUGGACCACUGUCCCCCAGCAGCACGUGUGUGUGGAGAGCACAGAUCGACAUAUCAAGACGAUUCGCCCCAACAGUGCAGUGCGUUCCAUCUACAAAGCUUCAGGCUGCUCCGAUAACCCUAACCACCAUGUCAACUACCUAGAACACGUGGUUGUGCGAAUUACCAUCACCCACCCUCGGAGGGGAGACCUGGCUAUCUACCUGACCUCCCCCUCAGGAACCAGGUCCCAGCUCUUGGCUAAUAGACUAUUUGAUCAUUCCAUGGAAGGAUUUAAAAACUGGGAGUUCAUGACCAUUCAUUGUUGGGGAGAACGAGCCGCAGGUGACUGGGUGCUUGAAGUGUAUGAUACUCCCUCUCAACUGAGAAACUUCAAGACUCCAGGUAAAUUGAAAGAGUGGUCUUUGGUCCUUUAUGGCACGUCUGUACAGCCGUACUCGCCCACCAAUGAGUUUCCUAAAGUGGAACGUGUUCGCAACAGCCGUGUGGAAGACCCCACGGAGGACUAUGGUGCUGAAGACUAUGCAGGUCCCUGUGAUGCCGAGUGCAGUGAGGUUGGCUGUGAUGGCCCAGGACCAGACCACUGCAAUGACUGCUUGCACUACUACUACAAACUGAAAAACAACACCAGGAUCUGUGUCUCCAGCUGCCCCCCUGGCCACUACCACGCGGAUAAGAAGCGCUGCCGGAAGUGUGCUCCCAACUGUGAGUCCUGCUUUGGAAGCCAUGGUGACCAGUGCCUGUCCUGCAAAUACGGAUACUUCCUGAAUGAAGACACCAGCAGCUGUGUUACUCACUGUCCUGAUGGGUCGUAUCAGGACACCAAGAAAAAUCUUUGCCGGAAAUGCAGUGAAAAUUGCAAGACAUGUACGGAACCCCACAGCUGUACAGAAUGUAGGGAUGGAUUAAGCCUGCAGGGAACUCAGUGUGCUGUCACCUGUCAAGACGGACAGUACUUCAAUGGCCAAGACUGCCAGCCCUGCCACCGCUUCUGUGCCACCUGUGCCGGGGCAGGAGCUGACGGGUGCACCAACUGCAUUGAGGGCUACUUCAUGGAGGAUGGUAGAUGUGUACAGAGCUGUAGUAUCAGCCAUUACUCUGACCACACUUCAGAGAAUGGACAGAAAUUCUGCAAAAGAUGUGACACCAGCUGUUUGACGUGCAAUGGCCCGGGGUUCAAGAACUGUACAAGCUGCCCCAGUGGGUAUCUGUUAGACUUGGGAACGUGUCAGAUGGGAGCCAUCUGCAAGGAUGGACAAUAUGCUGACGAACAUGGCCACUGUCAGCCCUGUGACGCCUCCUGUGCCAGAUGCCGGGGUCCAACCCAAGAAGACUGCACUGCUUGCCCCAUCACAAGGAUUUUUGAUAACGGCCAUUGCAUUUUGAGCUGUCCUGCUCAGGAAUUUCAAUUUAGCAACCAGUGCCAUCCGUGCCACCACAGCUGCCAAGGAUGCCGAGGAAGUGGGCCUCUAAACUGCACCUCCUGUGGAGUAGACCAACAUGGCCAAGAGCGUUUCUUGUAUCAGGGGGAGUGCCUAAAGACCUGUCCAUCAGGCUACUACACUGCAGAGGAUCACACCUGCCUGCCAUGUCCAGACAAUUGUGAGAUUUGCCACAACCUGCAGAUCUGCAUGAGAUGUGUACGUGGCUACUUCCUGGUUCCCACCAACAACACCUGUCAGAAGCUGGACUGCGGUCAAGGUGAAGUCCAAGACCCAGAUUAUGAAGACUGUGUGCCUUGUGAAGAAGGAUGCCUGGGCUGCCGCGUGGAUGAUCCAGGAACCUGUGUAUCCUGUGCUACCGGUUAUUACAUGUUUGAACACCAUUGCCAUAAAACCUGUCCUGAGAGGACUUACACAGAAGAAUUAGAAUGCAAGGCGUGCGACACUCACUGUGGCAGCUGCGACCAGCAUGCGUGUUACUGGUGCGAGGAGGGCUUCUAUCUCUCAGCUGGCAGCUGCGUGAGAGAAUGCGCUCCGGGCUUCUACGGCGAUCGCGACAUGGGAGGAUGUGAGCCCUGCCACCGAAGCUGUAAGACCUGCACUGGCCUCGGCUACAACGAGUGCAGUAGCUGCCAAGAGGGGCUGCAGCUGCUGCAGGGCGCCUGUGUGCAUACCACCCAGAAUCAGGUGGAAGGCAACUUCUGGGCAGAAGCCGUGCCCACUACAAGCCCAUCUUUGAUGAAGAACCUGCUGCAGGAGCGACGGAGGUGGAGGGGUCAGACCAAAAGAGAUACUUUGGAAAACAACCAACCCUGUGACUCUUCCUGUAAAACCUGUGCUGGAUCUGCAAGUCUGUGUACUUCGUGUCGGAAAGGCGCCUUUCUGCUGAAUCAGGCCUGUGUCUCCUCCUGUCCCCGAGGCACGUGGCCCUCGGGGAGGAGUGGCAGCUGUGAAGCCUGUGCCAAGGGCUGUGCCUCCUGCUCGGCAGCCAACUCCUGCCAAGAGUGCCAGGCUCCGCCCGAGCAGCCCUUCUUCCUUCACAAAGGCCGAUGCUACAGCAAGUGCCCUGAGGGCUUUUAUGGAAAAGAUGGCACCUGUGUGCACUGCAGCUCCACUUGCAGAACCUGUGAAGGAAAUGAUACCAACUGCCAGUCCUGUAAAGCAGGUUUUGUCCUGUACAAAGGAGAGUGCCAAGAAACCUGCCCUGAGAGGCACGUGGUGGUGGAGGGUGUGUGCAGGCAGUGCCCGGAGGGGUGUUACGACUGCAUUCAUGAGGAAACGUGCAAAGAGUGCAUGUUUGGCUUCUUCCUGCACAAUGAUGCAUGCUAUCCAAACUGUCCCGGGGGCUUCUAUGAGGACUCACGCCGGUGUGUCCGCUGUCAUGAAGAUUGCCAGGAGUGCUACGGCCCUAACGCUGAUGACUGUGAGAUCUGUGCAGGUUAUUACAUGUACCUCUAUGAUGGCCAGUGUUUGGAAGAGUGUCCAGCAGGAACAUACUAUGAGAGAGGCACCAAAGAUUGCCAAGACUGCCACAAGUCCUGCCUGACCUGCUCCUCAGCUGGCACCUGCACAACCUGCCCAGAAGGCCUGCAGAUGAACAGACAUGGUAACUGUGUGGUUCACAAAGAGUGCGCUGCCAACGAGUACUGGGAUGAGGAGACUCGUGAGUGCAAGACGUGCCACACCAAGUGCUACCGCUGCACAGGGCCCACCGAGGACCAAUGCCACAGCUGCCCGAGGGAAAGCCUUCUGCUCAACACAACUUGUGUGAAGGACUGUCCGGAGGGCUACUUCGCCGAUGAGGACAGCCACCAAUGCAUCCCCUGCCACAGCUCUUGCAGGACAUGUGAAGGAAGGCACAGCACGCAGUGCCGCUCCUGCCGACCGGGCUGGCUGCAGCUGGGAAAGGAGUGCCUACUCGAGUGCCGGGAAGGAUACUACGGAGACAAAGCCACAGGCCAGUGUGAGAGGUGCAACAAAAACUGCAGGACAUGCCGGGGCCCGCAGCCCACAGACUGCCUGUCUUGCGAUAAGUUUUUCUAUCUGCUCCGUUCCAAAGGAGAGUGUCAACGCACUUGCCCUAGACAUUACUACGGAGAGCAAACCACACAGACCUGUGAAAGGUGCCACCCAACGUGUGAUACGUGCAAAGGAAAAGGAGUCUCCAGCUGCUUGUCCUGUGUGUGGAAUUACCACCUCAUGAGAGGAAUCUGCACCUCAGACUGCCUUGUUGGGAAAUACAGAGUGGGAGAGGGAGAGAACUUCACCUGUGCACAAUGUCAUGAGAGCUGCAUAGAAUGCAAGGGGCCUGGCACCAUGAACUGCACCACGUGUCCUGCCAACCUGGUUCUGAACAUGGAUGACAACCGCUGCCUCCGGUGCUGUGAUGCCUCUCACCCCACUGAUGCCCACGAUUGCUGCGAGUGCCAGGACACCACAGAUGAAUGCAUCCUCCGAAGACCCCAUGUGGUACCUGCAGCUCAGCGCUCUAGACUGGCUCUGUUUAUCCUCUCCUCCAUCAUGCUGAUGCUGCUGCUUGGGGCAGCUGCCGUGGUCUGGAAGAAAGCUCGAGGCCGGGGCCGACCGGCAGAGAAGGCUGGCUACGAGAAGCUGGCCGACCCCAGCAGGUCUUACACACCUCAUAAGAGCAGCUAUGGAGAGAGCACCAGCUUUGAAGAGGAUCAGGUGAUUGAGUACAGGGACCGGGACUACGAUGACGAUGAUGAUGAUGACAUAGUGUACAUGGGCCAAGAUGGCACCGUCUACCGCAAAUUUAAGUACGGGCUCCUGGAUGAGGAAGAGGAUGAUCAGCUAGAGUAUGACGAUGAGAGCUACUCCUACGAGUAA